AUGGAAUCCCUUCCCGUCUCCGUGGUCACCGUGCCGUUCCCGGCGCAGGGCCACCUGAACCAGCUCCUGCACGUGUCGCUGCUGCUCGCGGGGCGGGGGAUCCCCGUGCACUUCGCCGCGCCGGAGCCGCACCUCCGGGAGGCCCGCGCGCGCGUGCACGGCUGGGACGCCGGCUCCCUCCUCGCCCUCCGCUUCCGCGCCCUCGACGUCCCGGCGCACGCGUCCCCGGACCCCGACCCGUCCUCGCCGUUCCCCACGCACAUGCAGCCCCUGUUCGAGGCCUUCUGCGACGGCGGCGCCGCCCGGGCCUCGCUGGCCUCGCUCCUGCGGGAGCUCUCGGCGUCCCACCGCCGCGUCGUGGUCCUGCACGACCGCAUGGCGGCCUUCGCGGCCGUCGAGGCCGCGCGGCUGCCCAACGGGGAGGCGCUCGGGGUGCACUGCCUCGCCGCGUCCUACAACGUCGGGUGGAUGGACCCCGGCCACCGCCUCCUGCGGGAGCACGGGAUGGUGUUCCACCCGGCCGACGCCUGCGCGACCAAGGAGUUCGUGGCGCUCGCCAAGCGGAUGGGCCUGGAGCGCCGCCGCGCGCCCGGCGCCGGCAUGGUCGUGAACACCUGCCGCGCGCUCGAGGGCGAGUUCCUCGACGUGCUCGCCGCCCAGAGCGCCUCCUCCUCCGACGGCCACACGCUGUUCGCCAUCGGGCCUCUGAACCCGGUGCUGCCCGGCACCGACGCGGCCGCGGCCGCGCAGGCUCCGGCGGAGCGACACGAGUGCCUGGAAUGGCUCGACAGGCAGCCGCCGUCGUCGGUGCUGUACAUUUCGUUCGGCACGACGUCGUCACUCCGGGCAGAGCAGGUGAGGGAGCUGGCCGCAGCGCUGCGCGACACCAACCAGCGGUUCGUCUGGGUGCUGCGCGACGCCGACCGCGCGGACAUGCGCGAGUCGGGCGGCGCGCGCGGGCUCGCGGACGCGGCUGCGGCCCUGCUCGGCGAAGCAGCGGCUCAGGGGACGGGCGUGAUGGUCACCGGGUGGGCACCGCAGCUGGAGAUCCUGGCGCACGGCGCGACGGCGGCCUUCAUGAGCCACUGCGGGUGGAACUCGACGGUGGAGGGGCUGAGCCACGGGAAGGCCAUCCUGGCGUGGCCGAUGCACAGCGACCAGCCAUGGGACGCGGAGCUGGUGUGCAAGUACCUCGGGGCCGGCGUCCUCGUGCGGCCAUGGGAGGAGCGGGGGGGCGUCACGCCGGCGGCCGCCAUCCGCGAGGCCAUCGAGAGGGCGAUGCGAUCGGAGGAAGGGGCGACGGUCCGGGAGCGGGCGAGGGCGCUCGGGCAGGCCGUUCGCGCCGCCGUGGCCGACGGCGGGUCCUCGCGCCGGGACCUGGACGACCUCGUGGCGUACGUGACGAGGUGA